GAUGUUUGGUCUCUACUCUGUGUGGGAAGUUAUCGAGGGGAAGAGGAUGGCGCUGCCCUCGGUUCACAGGUGCCUCCAACUCAAUCAAGAAAAUCAGCUGCUUCUUAAAAAGCUGAGGCAUGUACGCCUAAAAAACAAACAGCUGGAAUAUGACUUGACACAAUUACAAGAAGAACUGCAUGAUCAAAAGAAGUUAAUGUCUGCCUGUAUCACAAAGAGAGAUGUGCUGGUUCAAACAGAAAACCAUUUAUAUCAUAGAGGUGAUGGGAUUCAUCACAAGGAAAAUGAAGUCGUAAAGGAAAAUGCUAGAGUACUCCAGAUGUAUAGUAAUCUCCAGAAAAGGUAUAACAAAGAAUUAAAAGCAAACCAAGGACAAAGUGAAAUGAUUGCAACACUUUCUGUUAAAAUUAAUGAUCUGGAACACCAACUUCAGUUAGCAAACCAAAAAAUAAAGGAGCUGGAAAGUAAAAAGAUGUCGCAAAAGAACAAAACGGUUCCAGCACAGAGAAAAAUAUCAUCUCACAAAUGCAUGUGCAAAAAAAGGGGGAGCUGUUCCUGCAAAUAUUUAGACCAAUUGCUUUUUGAGAUUCAGCGUCUGAAGAUAGAAAAUGAAACGCUAUCCAAAGAAAGAAGAAUGUUGAGAAAUGAGCUUGCUGCAUUAGACAAGGAUUUUUUUGAUGAAAUAGAAGAUUUAAAAUAUGCUCUUCAAGAAGCCAUAAAAUUGAAUACUCAGUAUGAAAAGUGUAUGAAACAACUAAAUUCAACUUACGGAGUCACUUUUCCAUCAAUGUUGACAUCUGGUAAUCAUCAUGUAGCUUUAUAUAAAUAAAAUUCUCAACCAAACUGUUGAGAGGGCACUCUGUAAAAUUAACUUGCUAUCAGGACAUUUUGUGUUUUGCAAUAAAAUCAUGACUUUGA